AUGGCUGAGAAAAUUGCUCUUGUUGAAAGUUACCUGAAUUGCCAUGUGUGUUCAGAGACUUUCAGAGAUCCUGUUUCUCUGACCUGUAGCCACAGCUUCUGUUCAAGCUGUCUACAAACAAUCUGGGAACAAGCGGAAGACAAAAACUGUCCCAUUUGUAAAAAGAAAUCCUCAAAGAACCAUCCACCUGUGAACUUGACACUGAAAGAACUAGCUGACUCCUUUGCUGGGAAACAGAAAGCUGGAUUAUCUGAGACAGAAAAAGAAGAAAAGAAGGUGGAGGUAGUGUGUAGCAAACAUCAAGAAGUGCCUACAAUUUUCUGUAAAGAUGAACAAAGAGCUGUGUGUCCUGUCUGUGAUGUUUCUCUCCACCACGGUCACAAUGUGGUUCCUGUAGAACAAGCAGUCAGUGACCUGAAGGACCAGCUGAAAUCUGACUUAAAGCCUCUACAGGACAAGAGGAACAAAUAUGAAGAAGUGGAGAAAACAUACAAUGAAAUGAUUGAACACUCCAAGAAGCAGCUGUUGUCCACAGAGAAGCAGAUCAGAGCAGAGUUCAACAAGCUCCACCAGUUCCUGAAAGAGGAAGAGGAGUCCAGACUGGCAGCUCUGAGGGAGGAAGAGGAGCAGAAGGGAAAGACUAUGAGCAGAGAGAUGAAGAGGAUUCAGGAGCAGAUCUCCUCUCUGUCAGAUAGUAUCUCUGCUGUUGAAGAAGACCUGCAGAAACACAAUGUGUCAUUCCUCAGCAGUUAUAAACCCACUCAGACCAGAGCCAUUGAGACCCAGUGCUCACUGUCAGAUCCACAGCUGGUCUCAGGAGCGCUGAUAGAUGUGACCAAACACCUGGGCAACCUGUCCUUCAGAGUCUGGGAGAAGAUGAAGGAGAAGGUCCACUUCACGCCUGUCAUUCUGGACCCAAACAUUGCACAUCCCCAUCUUCAUCUGUCUGAUGAUCUGACCAGUGUGAGACUUGGAGACGCAAAGGAGCAGCUCCCUGAUAAUCCAGAGAGACAUACUAAAUAUACCACUGUUCUGGGCUCUGAGGGCUUCAGUUCAGGGAAACACAGCUGGGAGGUGGAGGUGGGAGACCAUCCUGGCUGGUAUGUGGGUUUGGCUAAAGAGUCAGCUGACAGGAAGAGAGAGUGUCCUGCCUCACCAGAUUGUGGAAUAUGGUGUUUGCUGCAUCGCAGUGGAAAAUACACUAAUGGUUCUGGUAAGACUGUCAGAGUGAAGAAGAGUCUCCAGAAGAUCAGAGUCCAGCUGGACUAUGACAGGGGGGAGGUGUCCUUCUACAACCCUGAAGACAAGUCUCAGAUCUACACUCUCAGAGUCACUGAGAAACUCUUCCCUUACUUUAACCUUGUGUCAGCUGGUGAUUCUAAAACCACUGAUAUCAAAAUCUGUCAAACUGAGAUUUCUCUGUGA